AUGGCAAGCAUUGCCCUGUCAGAAGCUGACAAGUAUGAAGUCUUGGAGAAGAUUGGAGCCGGCUCCUUUGGCAUCAUUCGAAAAGUUCGACGGAAAUCAGAUGGCUUUAUUCUCUGCCGCAAGGAAAUAAACUACAUUAAGAUGUCCCAGAAGGAACGAGAACAAUUAACCGCAGAGUUCAACAUUCUAAGCUCGCUUCGUCACCCCAACAUCGUCGCCUACUAUCAUCGCGAACAUCUCAAGGCCUCGCAAGACUUGUACCUGUACAUGGAAUACUGUGGUGGAGGUGACCUGGGAAUGGUGAUCAAGAACCUGAAGAAUAGCAACAAAUAUGCCGAAGAGGAAUUUGUUUGGCGCGUAUUGGCUCAACUAGCAACAGCUUUGUAUCGCUGCCACUAUGGUACAGAUGCGCCCCCUGUGGGAUCAAAUCUUCUAGGGCCGCCACAGCCUAGACAAGGCUUGAAGGGCAAGCAGGCACAGGUCAUGAUCCUCCACCGUGAUUUGAAGCCCGAAAAUAUUUUCCUUGGCAGUGACAACAGCGUCAAGCUAGGUGAUUUUGGCCUGUCAAAGCUCAUGGAAUCCCACGACUUCGCGUCCACCUAUGUCGGCACGCCCUUUUACAUGUCGCCUGAGAUUUGUGCCGCCGAGAAAUACACCCUGCACUCAGACAUUUGGUCAUUAGGAUGUAUCAUGUACGAGCUAUGCCAAAAGGCACCUCCAUUCAAUGCGAAAACACACAUGCAACUGGUUCAGCGCAUUCGAGAGGGCAAAUUUCCUCCACUCCCCGAUAUCUACUCUGAUGAGCUACAGGCCGUCAUUGCAAGCUGCCUCCGUGUAAAUCCUGAUCAGCGCCCUGACACAGCCGCUAUACUCAAUUUGCCUGUGGUACGCUUAGUGAGAAAAGAACGGGAGGCCCUAGACUUGACGAACAGAGUCAAGAGGCGCGAGGAGGCGGCUCUACAGAAGAUGAAGGAGCUUGAGAUUAAGAUGGCCAACUUUGAGAAGGAUAUGGCCCUCACGCGAGAAGAAAUUGACGCAACUGUUCGUCGCGAGUGGGAGGUCAAGGCACGCUUGGAGAUUGAGCGCCAGGUUCAGAUGCGAUAUGAAGAACUCUCUAAACAAUUCGAGACCGAGGUUCGCGCUCGUGUGGCCGCAGAGAUGGAAAGAGUGAACAAGAUGAAAGUGCAGGCACAAGAGUUUAUCCAACCACGUGAACCAUCCACUUCUUCUGUCAGCUGCAGUGAAGACUCGGACUUCCCAUCAACAACCGAUAUCAGUGACCUUUCCUUGGAAUCACCUCGCUCAAGUCGCAACAAAUCUCUUCAAAAAGUGUCGCGGACUCCUUUCAACCGAGCAAAGACUACUGUUGAGUCCCCUAUGGACAUUCAGAUGGGUGAACCAUCUCCGAUUACUAUCGCGUCUUUAUCCCUAUCUCCUCGACGCACCGCACCGAUUUCCAAGAACCUGUUUACUGAGCCUGCACAACAAAAAUCCAAGUGGGAGCCUAGCCUCGUGACAUCGGACGAUGAAGACGACAUUCCCGAGCUCCCCUCGCCAACUCGUCCUAAGGUGAAGCCAGAUCCUUUCAAGACAGCUCGGCGUCCCAUGCUUCGCCACCAAACUACUGCUAUGGUAUCAAAGAUGGGCAACCAGCCUUCUAUUUUCCCUGCAGGAGCAUCUCGAUUGCCUCCACCACCAACAAUGGCAAGCCCACUCUCUUCUCAGCAAACACAGGAGACUUCUCGCCCGACAUCAACUGAACUGCGAUCCAAGUCUCCUACCCGGCGCCUAUCCAAGAUCCCAUCUACUUCCAAUUUGAUCGGCGAUGCAACUUCUCCUACUCGUAAAGGUGCAGCUGGAAAAGCGGCUACAUUCCACGCUACCAAGGCCAACCCAUCUGGUAAUAGCGGUAGCAGUAGUGAUGACAACAGCAUGUACAAAGCCGUUAUGCAGCGUAACAUGGGUGGCCGCACUCUCGUCGAACUAGCACAAGCACGCGCUGGCGGCCGUGCAUUUGUGGAUGAUUUGAAGCGUGUUUCGAGCGAUUCGCGCGCUUAUACUACCGGCUCAUCUUCUGGUUCGACAGUAUCUUCAUUCGGCAAAUCGACUGAAUGUCCAGCAACCUGGGAUCCCAAUAGCGAGCAGAUGCCCAGCCCAUUCGUUUCGCGCAGAGUGUUUCACAGUUUCCGGUGAUUUGCUGCAUAGAUUCAGCGUGCGUGGUCAUCUAUCAACGUUGAAACGAUUCUCCUUUGUUCUUACAUCGCUUACUGCUCCUAAUUUCGAGCGAAGACGACGAAUGCUUCCACGACAUUUCAUUUGUUCCAUCUCCUAUCUUUCUGCAAAACGACAUUCAUUCAUUUCAUUACGUGUCGGUCUCUUUCUAUCAAGGACUAUACAAACAAAAUCCGGCGUUUUGGUAACAACGGCUAUGUCGCAUUUACAAGGCGUAUAUUGGUUCAACGGUGUUUUGGAUUUUUCUUUAUCGCUCUCUUGUCGAGUUGUGUGCAAAUUUUCUUCUUUUUUGACUCCUUUUUUGGGUACUGCUAUUAACUCCUUCUUGGUCUUCGAUUCUGAUGAAAUGAAUUCUGAUGAAAUGAGUUUUGCGUCCAAAGCUGACUCUAUGUUUUGCUGUGGAGUAUACCAUGCAAUACUUUUACGCGACUUCUUCUCUUGUACGUAUAUCUUGGACAUUGGGUUAGGUGCUUUUUGAAUUUCGUUUGAUUCAUUUAUAAUUCUUUGCAUAUAAUACACAUUAUAUAAGCAGCCAGAUAGUCGGUGGCCCUGUUUACUCAGGAGAGAUGAUCACAUGUUAUCCUCAUCACUAACCUCCUCAAUAUCCACAUUAUGAGCCCUCUGCUGAUUCGGCGAUGACUGAGCCCUCGUCUCCUCCUCAAUUCUUCUUAGAAUCU